AACCACCAAUAAUUUAGGUCCAAUGGCUUCAAACAACUAGCACGAUAUUUCAACGGUCACAGUUUCUGGUUGGCCGGACUUCCCUCCGAUUCCUUGUUUGUGCACAGAGAGAGAGAGAGAGAGGGGGGUCCAAUACUUUGCUUGAUAUCCACACAAAUGUUACAAUAAUUUUUAUAUUCUUCAACCACCCAACAAUCAGAUAGAGAAAACAGAUUCUGUUUCACUUUUUGUUUUUUGUUUUUGUGCCCAGUACCUGUUUGUUUCUUUGCGCGUAAGAGAGAGAGAGAGAUUAAAAAAAAAAGAGAGAGAUUUGAGUAGUGAAUUGUGGGCAGAGGAGGAUUUGGUGAGUUGUGAAUAAAGAAGAAUUUGAUGAUCUGAAAGGGGUCAAUCAUCUUCUUCUUCAUCAAUUUCUCCAUUUUUUCUUUUGCCCAUCUGGAUUAUUCUCUCUCUUUGUUUUUUAAUUUUUUUUUUUCUAUGACAUUAUAAGAUCACACAUUUUUUUUGUUUUGUUGGGUUUCACCUAAUUUUUGCUUCAAUCUCAACAUUUCUCUUUAGCUUUCUGGGUUCAUUCAAUAGUACCCAUGGUAUAUAUUCUUUCACUCCCUCCACUCUCUCUAUAUGUAUGUUAAUGACACCUGUUUAAGGUUUUUGAAGCAAAUUUCAUUGAGGCUAAGAAGGAAUUCUUGACCUUUCUUUGGGUUCUUAUUGGUUUAUGUGACCACCAUCCAAAAGUUACUCCCUCAUUUUGGUUUAGAGUUUGGCGGCGAGGCCCACUAUUUGUUUUGGUGGGCUUCGUCAUUGAAAGGGUUUUGGAGAUUUUAUGUUCUUUUUUCGUGGCUUUUUGAAGAACUGAAUUCAACCCAUAACAGACUUCCUUGUUUUCAAAUGUUUUUCUUUUUGAUCACUUGCAUCACUUUUAUCUUCUUUUACAAGUCCCUCUUUCUCAAGCCCCUCCUACCACCAUGGGCAUAUGAGGCGAGAUUGUUAUCGCUUUGGUUUUGGAAAGACCUAUCAUUCUUUCACAUUACCAACUUGAUGAAAAAUACCCUCUAUGUCAGUUCCAUUCAAAUUCCAUCAAAAAUGCUAUUCAAGAAGACUUUGAAUUCAAAAGUUGAGAAUGCGGAGGCAACAGAAGGGAUGAUGAUGUCUUUGCUAGACUUGCCUGAACUUGCAUUGGAAUGCAUUCUUGAGAGACUUCCUCCUGAUGGGCUUUGUAAUAUGGCAGGUGUGUGUGGUGAUUUGAGGGAUAGGUGUACUAGUGACCGCCUUUGGGAAAAGCAUAUGAAACAGAAAUGGGGUCGAAUUAUUGGUCCAGCCGCCUAUCGGGAGUGGCAGCGGCAUAUAGCUUCAAGGAAGGAUUCAAGCUUUCUUGAGCAAGGCCAACGAAGGGCCCUGAUGAGGUAUCUUUUACACCUCUGGCCUCUUUCUCUAAUUAGAUCAAACUUUGACAACAUUAGCCAGAACAAGAGUUCUCCACCAGUUGAUUCGAUCAUGUCUUGGUAUCUUGCUCUUAACACUGGCAAGUUCUGUUUUCCUGCACAGGUCUAUAACCGCGAGAAUGGGCAUGUUGGGUUUUUGCUGUCAUGCUAUGAAGCAGAGCUUUGCUAUGAUCCCUUCACUAACACUUUCCAGGCCAGGUACCCACCACAUGGAACAAGACCAGUUGUAGUAGAGAGAGGCGUGUCUUGGGAUAGGAUAAGGGAACCCCCUGUCGAUACUUCCCCACAUGAUCUUCAUAUCUCUGACUGUUUGAAUGAAUUACGCCCCGGUGAUCACAUUGAGAUUCAGUGGAGGAGAAACAAAGAAUUCCCUUACGGUUGGUGGUAUGGUGUUAUAGGUCACUUGGAAUCAUGUGACGGGAGUGACGAUUUCUGUCUCUGUCAUCGAAGUGACACGGUUGUGUUGGAGUUCAACCAAUACGCUCCUGGUUCACGAUGGGGACGAACUUCCAUCGACAGGAAAGACCAUCGUGAAGAAGGAAAUGAGGCAGACGGGUUUUAUGGGGGAAUUAGGAAACUUCACAAUAAUGACGAGAUUUCCACGUGGAAGUGGCUUUGGCCAGUUGAAGUCUUGGAUUAGGCUUCAAAUCAAAAAAACAAAAAAAGUUGACACCACUGAUUGAGAUACCCGGAUGUAGAAAGCUCUGUCACAUUCAUUCCUAUUUUCUCACUUUAUAACAAUGGUUUGUGUGAAGCUGCGAUGCGUUUCAUUUCACUUCAGUUUCAGCAAUGCCUCAGAAUCAUAAAUUUUGAUAUGUGCCAUAUUACUACCAUGUUAUAUACAAGUUUUUGUUGUUGUUGUUGGAUUCUAUUUGGUUGCUUGUAGAGAAUGUAUAGAAAGUUUUGGAAAUUUGUAGUGAACGUAUGAAAUGGUUGUUAGAUUCCAAGUUAUUUUGCUGGUCUUGUUU